AUGGACUUUGCCAUUAUAAUAAUAUUGGAGGCGGCGAUAUGGACAAUUUUCAAGUUUCCAAGGUUUAGUGUCUGCAUAGGAACAUUCUGUAAACAAACGGCGGUCGUGGUCCUCAAACAAUGUGCUCACGGGUAUUGUUUUUCUUGCUUGGAGAAACUUUUGGAACAGAAGACAGAAGUUGGACCGUCGAAUUUAGCAUCAGUUAAAUGCCAUCGGUACUUUUGCAAAAUAAUGGUACCAACAACAUCAAUAAAUCGAUUUUUUGCAAAACUGAAGGACAAAUGUUUCCGAACUGCAGUAGUGCUAGAAAUAAGCCCAGUUGAGUGCAGCAAGUGUGAGGUUUAUGACAGAAAAAACGUUUCAAAGGCAAGAUUUCGAAAUAGGUUUUGCUCCAACGAACAUUCCUUCUGCAUUGACUGCAUAGUUUCUCCAUCUCACAAAGUUCCAGUACCACUCAAUGCCUCAAAAAUGAGAUUGCGGAUGAUGAACAAGUUACUUGUCAAUUUAAUAGUGGAUGCAAGAACACAACACCUGUCCGAUGCUUUUAUACAAUUAUAG